AUGUCUUCCUCUGCCUCGUCGGCCGCCUCGGACUCGGACGAUGACCGCAUGACGACCCGCUCCGCACCCGCCACCACCUACCGGCGUCAGAUUGCUCCCCUCCCGCAGUCGCCCCGCGCCUCACCCGCACCCGCCUCGCUCACAGGCGCAGCCGCCAUCAAGACCGAAGCAGCCGACGGCACCGCAGCAUCAUCAGCAGCAGCAGCAGCAGCACCGUCGACAUCAUCCACAGCAGCAUCAGCAUCAGCGCAGCCCAAGCCCGCGAUGCGCCACGCACUCCCACCCAAGCCCGUCACCGCCAUGCCCGGCACCUCGCACGCAGCAGCCUCUUCCUCGUCGUCGUCGUCGGCCGCAGCACCCCACCCCAAGCGCACCCGCGUCGACUCCAACCUCGUCCCCCAGGUGCCAAAGGUGCCAAAGACGACGACCGAAAAGGAAAACACGCCCCGCCUCAUCGUCGUCCUCGAGCAGGCCUGCCUCGAGACCUACAAGGUCUCUUCCGGCUCGGCGGGACGCAGCUCGGGCGGCAACGGCCGCAACGCCAAAAACGACGGCGACAAGUACGCGCUCCUCAACUGCGACGACCACCAGCGCGUGCUCGCCAAGAUGGGGCGCGACAUUGCAGAGGCCCGCCCGGACAUUACCCACCAGUGCCUCCUCACCCUGCUCGACUCGCCCCUCAACAAGGCCGGACUGCUCCAGGUCUACAUCCACACGGCAAAGGGUGUUCUGAUCGAGGUCAACCCGCACGUUCGCAUCCCGCGCACAUUCAAGCGCUUCAGCGGCCUGAUGGUCCAGCUCCUCCACAAGCUCAGCAUCCGCAGCGUCCAGGGCUCGGAAAAGCUCCUCCGCGUCAUCCGCAACCCCGUCACCGACCACUUCCCCGCCAACACGCACAAAAUCACCCUCUCGUUUGACUCGCCCGUCCAGCGCCUCUCGUCGUACCUCCCCACGGUGCCCAAGGACCACAGCAUUGCCGUCUUUGUCGGCGCCAUGGCGCACGGACAGGACAACUUUGCAGACGGCGUCGUCGACGAAAAGAUUUCCAUCUCCGAGUACUCGCUCAGCGCCUCGGUCGCCUGCGGAAAGUUCUGUUGCGCCCUCGAAGACUUCUGGGGCGUCGUCUGA